AUGGAAAGGUGGAAAGAAAUCCCUUUGUCCAAAGAAGAAGAGGAAGGAGUCACUAUUGAAGCAGAAGAGGAGCAGGGUGGAGAUGUUUUUGAACGUACGUUAGCCGGGAAAUUGUGGACGGAAAAUAGAUUCAACUCUAAAGCCUUUAUCUCUACUAUAACUGGAGCCUGGAAGCUUAGGAAUCCCAUUGAAACACAGGAGCUAAGUAACAACCUGUUUCUUUUUCGAUUCAGUACAAAGAGGGAUCUGGAAAAUGUCAUGCGAAAUGGGCCUUGGAGCUUUGACAGGUACCUUCUCGUCCUCGACAGAGUCUCUGGAGAGGAACAGCCUUCGGAUCUAAAGAUGCAUUAUGGUGAAUUCUGGGUCCGCAUCUAUGAACUUCCAUUAAUGUUGCGCUCUGAGGCAAUAGCACAGAAGAUGGGGAACAUUAUUGGAGAGUUUGUGGAAAUGGACAUGAGAGAAGCACACAGAAACGGCCGUUUUCUCCGGGUUAAAGCGAAGAUUGAUCUCAAAUCAUCUCUCAAACGGGGCACUGUGGUUCGGUUCAAAGGGAAGAAUCUUCGAGUCUACUUCAAAUAUGAGAGGCUUCCCACAUUCUGCUUCGUCUGUGGUAGACUGGGUCACCAGAUCAAGGAUUGUGAAGAGAUCGAUGAUUUGGGAGAUGAAGGAUAUGAGGACUUAGAGGAACAAGAAUUAUCCUAUGGAGCAUGGCUGCGAGCAUCUCCAUUACCAAGAACAGGUGAAGAGCAAAAGAAAAAGGAAUCCAGUUCUAGCACAUGCAGCAAGAGCCUCUUCAGCGUAUCGUCUAGCCAGAGCAGAUGUGACAACAAAACAAAUUUGAUUGAAGGUGAGGUGGGGGGGGAAGGAGUAAUAGAGAAAGGCAAGACGGGGAGGGAUUCGGGGAAGAAAGUCAAUUCGGGGAAGGAGAUAGUAGCAGAAACCAGCAUAGCAGGUAAAGAAAUUGAAGCGGUGGCUGAAUCUUUGGGGGCAGUGGGCAUUUCAAAUAAAGAACCGGAGAAAGGUACCAACCAGCAAUCAAUAUCGCCAAAAAAAUGCAAAAAAUGGACUAGGAAGCAGACAACCAGGAAGGUGGGAGCAAGAGCAACAAAGAAACAAAUGGCUUUAGAGAUGGGCAAAAGACAACUAGUAGAUGUGAUGAUUGUAGAAGGAACACUGGAGGAUAGGGAUAGAGGUAGCAGUGAGAAGAAACUCAAAAGUCAAGCAAACAGCCCAAAUGUAGUACCCAAGUUACCAGAGGUGGUGUUGGAAGACCAACACCGCCUGCACCAAUGA